CCCUUCGACUAUCACCGUCAUGGAGCAAUGUUUUAGGGAAGGGUCUUAGCCGAGAGCUCUCAAACCCUGUGUCUGAGUGCUCCUCCACCGCCUUCUUCAUCUUCUUCGUUGACCUGCACGCUUCCUCUCUUCAUCUCUCCCAACCUCUGAAUCUACUGCUUUCUUCUUCUAGAUCCGCCAUUAAACCCUUUCAAUUCUCAAUUUCAAGCUCAGAUCUGCUUACCCACUUCAUUUCUUUGCUUAAAUCACUUCAUUUCUAGGGUUCUUACUCGAUUCUUUCUCUUUUACCUUUUUUCCGCUGCCAAUCUUCCAGAUCUGUCAAGAUUCCUCUACUCCGGCGCUGGUUUUCCUCCGCCGCAUCUUCCGUUUCUGAGAUCUCGAGCUCUGUUCGCGAUCUUUUUCUCACUUAGGGCUUCUUCCGCUUUCUUUUCUUUCUUGGUCGAGUUGACCUUGGAGGAAUGUCGAUUUUACCCAAAGGCGAUUCGAUUCAAAUCCGUGAGGUCUGGGAUGCCAAUUUAGAAGAGGAGUUUGCGCUUAUCCGUGAAAUUGUUGAUGAGUUUAAUUACAUAGCCAUGGAUACUGAGUUCCCCGGCGUUGUGCUUCGACCGCUUGGUGCUUUCAAGAAUAUCAACGACUACAACUACCAAACUCUCAAGAGUAAUGUUGAUACUUUGAAGUUGAUUCAAUUGGGUCUUACGUUUUCUGAUGAGAAUGGAAAUCUUCCAACUUGUGGAACGGAUAAGUUUUGCAUUUGGCAGUUCAAUUUCCGUGAGUUCAAUACUAUUAAUGAUAUUUUUGCUAGUGAUUCCAUUGAACUUCUGCGCCAGUGUGGUAUUGAUUUUCAGAAGAACAACGAAGAGGGUAUCGAUGUUAAUCGAUUUGGUGAGCUUCUAAUGUCUUCUGGGGUUGUGUUGAACAAUGAUGUUAUCUGGGUUACGUUCCACAGUGGGUAUGAUUUUGGUUACUUGCUGAAAUUGCUGACUUGCCGAGCCUUACCCGAAACGCAGGCCGGGUUUUUUGAGCUCAUCAAGAUCUAUUUUCCAGUGCUCUAUGAUAUCAAGCAUUUGAUGAAGUUCUGCAACAGUCUCCAUGGUGGGUUGAACAAACUUGCAGAAUUACUAGAAGUGGAGAGGAUUGGAGUUUGUCAUCAAGCAGGAUCAGAUAGUUUGCUCACUGCUUGUACUUUUAGGAAGUUGAGGGGCACCUUUUUCAAUGGUUCUACGCAGAAAUACGCAGGUGUUUUAUACGGUCUCGGUGUCGAAGAUGAAUAGCGUACUACUAGAACUAAUUGAAGAGAAUUACCAAGUAUUUGUAGAAGUGUGAGUCUGUUAGUUACUUUUGUACAAUUUGGCUAAAGCAUUGAUGAUUGUAACUAUUUCCCGCUUUCCUGCUCUGUAAUAGAAACCUUCGACUGUUUUUUGCAGCUUGUGGUUUCUUGUAAAUUAUGGCAGUUUAGUGUUUCAAUAAAAUCUUAAUGACGUUUCUUUGUUGAGUC